AAUACAUAAAGUAGAUACUCGAUAUUUCCAAACAAGUCUGCACCUGAAAAAACACCAAAUAAACAAGUGCCGCGUUUCGCAUAUUCGUGUAUUAGUAUAAAUUCAAGUAUCAGUGUGCAAUGAGUGAAAGUGAAGAAGAAACUGAAGUCUGCGAAUCCCAAAUGGGAUUUGUAAACAUGCUACGUGAUGUUCCCAUACUUUUAUCCAAGUCACAAACACCAGCUGUCCGAAAGUCAAAAAGCCAAGCAAUAGAACUGAUUAACAAACAGUGGAAGCUGAAUUUCGGGUCACAAAUAACGACAAGUCAAAUGUACAAAAAAAUUAAUAAUAUGAAAUCCAGACUCAAGAAAAAGACUGACAUAAACAGGACUGGAAAUAAGAAAAUUGUGCUGCAGGAUUGGGAAAAGAUUUUGUUGGAAAUCAUGGAAGGCAACACAAAUCCAGUACUUGCAAAAGUUCCAGGAGCAUUAUCCGUCGGCAUACAACAAACAGAGACGAAAAUCGGCCAUGAAGAUACAAUCCCUAGGCAAUCAACUUCUGCUUCUGAAACGAGUGCAGCAAAUGAUGAUGCUAUUAGUACAGUACAACAUGCACCUAAAAAAAAGAAACAUAAUAAAGGUAGUCCUCUCGAAGAAUAUGAAACAAACGUUACUAAACAACUCUCGAAUAACGAACUACAAAGACUAGUUUUACUGAAACAACUGAGAGUUUUAGAAAUGAAAGAGGAAAAACUCAAGAGACAGCUAAACAGAGAUGUUGAUGAACAAUCUAAUUCAAGCAAUAAUAAUAUCAUUCAAGCUGACAAUGGACAAGCAUAUUUCAAAUUAUAAUGUGUCAAUACUUUUUAGAAUCACUUACGAAAUAAAGAAUUCUAACAUGUGACAAAAACAUUUUUCUAAAGUGUUAAUAAUAAAAAUGAUAAAUAAGUUCUUUCCACGCUUUACUUACUUCAAGCGAGAGCAAGAAUGACAUCUGCUAACUCAGAUCGCCUCCGUUGCCCGCUUCUUCUAAUAUUAUUAUUAUCCAACUCCUCUUCUGCCGGAUACGCAAGUGGGAUAUCUUCUAAUGGGAGCUCCAUAGGAUCUAGCUCAUCUUUUAAAUAUUUUGCUACAUUGUGUAAUAUACAACAGCAUAUGACAAA